UGUCAGGACCUCAUGUGGGACAUAAGCAACACUCAGUGUCACCGUUUCUUUUUACGUGUGUUGGAAAGAUGUACGAACGACACAGGCGGAGGUAUAGUUUGUGUGCUAAAGGGGAGAGAAAUAUGGAUGUAGUUUUGAUCAAGGUCCACAGAGACAAAGACACACUGUGUUCCAAUGUUUCCCACAAGAGACACAGCCUAGCGUCCACAGAGAGUUUGCAGUUUUGCACUUGCAACUCAGAAGCAGUCACAUUUCGAGACUCGGGCAGUGACACGGAUUGGUUUCUUAGUCCAGACACUGGAGAGGAUAACAGCUACAGAAAGGGGCAGGAGGCAGUUGGGGGAGGUGACAGCACGAGCGAGGUAUCCGUCUCCUGCUCCUCAACUGAUGACACAGCCAGUUUAGGACAUCCCAGCUCCUCAGCCGAGAGCUCAGAGGAGGUGCGGCAAGGAGUGGAGGCAGAGGAGGAGGCCAAAGACAGGUUAACUGAGGUCCCGCUGCACUCCUCUCUCCUCCGAUCCACAGACCGGUCACUCUCUCCAUUCCGCAGACACAGCUGGGGGCCUGGGAAGAACCAGGGAGGGGAAGGAGAAAUGAACGAGCGCAGUUAUAGUUUGGAGGGUCUAGCAGCAGAGGUUGAGGAUGGGAAACGUUGGGUUACACAGUCUGGAGGUCCUUCUAAGGAUCACAGAGGAGAUCAAAGACAAGAGAGUGAGGAAAGGGGCUCUUUAAUGUCUCUCACAGAAGAGGGUCCUGAAUCGGACUUGGGAGAAUGCAGCAGUCCAGGGGGACAGAAAUCAAGGAAGUAUCUUCCAUUAAGACAAAGCUGUCCAUCUGUGACUCUACCUCUCACAAAAUCAGUCUCUAUGCUUUCCAUCAGCCAAAGGGACAUGGAUAGCAUGAGGUCAUUCACAAGCACCACCAAUUCCAUGGGAUACAGCAUCACAGAGGAGGAACCUGGACCUUUAAGAGAUGAUUUUGAAAAAAGUUGCACCAAAGUGAGCCGAACUUUCAGCUACCUGAAGAGCAAAAUGUACAAGAAAACCGGAGAAAAAGACAAAGAAAAGAAUCGGGAGAAAGAAGCCAAAGAAAGGGACAAGAAAUCAGUGAAUGGACACCAAUUCGGCCUGUCAAGCUCACUGCAUUCAGCUUUAUGCCAGCAAUGCAACAAAACCCUCAACACUAAAGAUGCUGUUAACUGCACAAAUUGCAAUGUGAGAGUUCACAAAAGCUGUAGAGAAAGUGUCCCCAUUUGUCCAAAAGCGAAAAUAAAGUUUCAUCAACAACAGUUUGCAAUACCAGAGUCAACCACAAUGCCUGUUGUCACUCUACGAACAAAAUCGUCCACUCUCCGGGAACGGCCCUGGUCUGCCAUCUUGUCUCCAGAUGAAUAUUCUCUGAUUAUCCCAUCCAGACGACCUGCCAGUAUUAUGCCCUUCCACAGUAGCAACCUCUCGAAAAGCAUGUCCAUCAACAAUAUAGCAAUGUUUGAUGAUAUCCCUCUGAAAGGCUUGCGACAUCUGUCUCAAUCCACAGACUCCUUGCACAAACCCAAUAAGGUCACAGAGUCCACAGAGUCUCUAGAUGAAGGAACUGAGAUCAUUGACAGCAGGCUGAUGGGAGAAUUUGAGGCAGAUGUUAAAGAACUAGAGGCUGACUCCUGGAGCCUUACUGUGGAUAAGAAAUGUUUGAAGCAACUCAAGAAGGAUGUCAUAAAGCGACAAGAUGUCAUCUAUGAGCUGAUCCAGACAGAGAUGCAUCAUCUGCGGACGUUACGGAUCAUGUCAGAUGUCUACAGUAAGGGCCUGCAGACAGAUCUGCAUCUGGAGCUCCAGAUGGUGGACAAGAUGUUCCCCAUGCUGGAAGAACUCCUGGAGCUGCACACGUUCUUCUUUAGUGCUUUGCUGGAGAGGAAGAAGGAAGCCAGGCUGGAAGGCACAGACGGGGGCUUUAUAUUCAACAGGAUAGGAGACGUGCUAGUUAGCCAGUUCUCAGACUCCAAUGCAGAAAGCAUGAAGAAAAUCUAUGGCAAAUUUUGCAGUCGACACAAUGAAGCAAUGAACUUUUACAAAGAGCUGCAUGCCAAAGAUAAGCACUUUCAGGCUUUCAUCAGGAAAAAAAUGAGCAGCAGCGUUGUCAGACGUUUGGGCAUCCCCGAGUGCAUAUUACUGGUGACUCAACGGAUAACAAAGUACCCUGUGCUUUUACAGCGAAUCCUCCAGCACACCAAAGAGAAUGAAGAGGAUUAUGAAAACUUGACACACGCUCUACAGCUGGUGAAAGACAUUGUUGCGUCAGUUGAUAGUAAAGUCAAUGAGCAUGAGAAGAAAAGAAGAUUGAAAGAUAUCUACGGCCGUAUGGACAGCAAGUCCAUUACGCGGAUGAAGAGUGGCCAGAUGUUCGCCAGAGAGGAUCUGCUGCGUGGUCGGAAGCUCCUCCACGAUGGCCCUUUGCAGAUGAAAAACACUGCCGGGCGACUAAAAGAUGUCCAAGCAAUUCUGCUUUCUGACGUCUUUAUUUUCCUCCAAGAAAAAGACCAGAAAUAUGUUUUUGCUUCUCUGGACCAGCGAGCCACCGUUAUCUCCCUGCAGAAGCUGAUCGUGCGAGAGGUGGCCCACGAGGAGCGCGGUCUCUUCCUCAUCACCGCUGGCAUUGAGAAACCUGAAAUGGUGGAGGUUCACACCACUUCCCGUGAAGAACGCAACACCUGGAUGCAGUUCAUUCAGGAUGCCAUGCACUCGAUAGGAAAGGAUGAUGACGAGGGGAUCCCGAGUGAAACAGAGGAAGACAAGAAGCUGCUUGAAACCAAAACAAAAGAAAUGAGAGACGUACUCCAGAGGAAAGAUGAGCAGAUCGUGUCACUCCUGCAGGAGAAGAUGAAGCUUUUCCGUGAAAUGUGCGGCUCACCCGACGACCCUGUCAAAAUGCUCUUCAGGGCCAACAAUGAAGAAUUACCCAAGGGGGAACCCAUCAUGAUGGAUGCUCUUAAAGAGGUGGAGAUGUUGCAGGCGCUGGUGAAUGGUAGUCUGGGCGGGGCGGUGGGGCAGCAGGUGGCCUGUGCUCAAGGGACUGUGUGUCUGCCACGGAGAGCCGAGACCUUCGGAGGGUUUGACAGCUACCAGAUGAACAUUUCCAAACAUGGAGAAAAAGAUGAGGUUGAAGAUCUUCGGAGGACAGAAUCUGACAGUGUCCUGAAGAAGGGAGGAAAUGCAAACCUGCUGCUGCUGCUGAAAAGAAACAGUGAGCAGGUCUUGAGCAGUGUCACUCACCUCCACGACCUCCUGUCCUCACUGCAGGCUGUGGUCUUGCAGCAGGACACCUUCAUCGAGGACCAGCGUCAGGGGUUAAAUGAGCGCACCCCCUCCCGUACCCCAUCCUGUGCCUCCUCCCGUCCUCCCUCAUUGGUGGAGCAAGAGAAACAGCGCAGUCUGGAGCGCCAUCGACAGGAAGCUGCUGCCUUGCAGCGGCAGCAGGCCACACACGCCGAAGAACGACGGCGUAGGGAGAAAGAGUGGGAGGUGAGAGAGCGGGAGCUGAUGGACCGGGAGGUGCUGCUCCACGUGAGAGAGGAGGAGGUGCAGAGGAGUUACAAGGAGCUGGAUGAGGUACAGCAGGAGCUACAGGGGAGAAAGGAGGAUUAUCAGAAAGAUCUGGAGAGACUGAGAGAUGCUCAGAGGAGGCUGGAUAGGGAGAGGGAGCAGAUGCAGAGGGAGGUGGAGCGAGUGGAGCACCUCCGGGAGGUGGAGGCACGGAUUCAACGCACCCCCUCCAGCACUUCGGAGGACUCCCUAAAACUCCACAGCAGCAGCUCUGUGGAAAAAGAGAUCUGGGAGGGCGAGCUAUCAUCCAGCCCCAGAAAGAACUCCAUCUCCAAACACAAGGGCCGCAGCCUCUUCUCCCUGGGUGGCAAAACUCAGAGCUUAGAGGGCCAAAACCAGAUCCCCACUCGACUGCUUCAGCUGGCUACAAGCAAGGAGAAGAAGGACAAGAAGAAGAAGAAAACCAAGAACCAGCAGCCCACUCAGGAAGCAGAAUCCCAUCUGCUGCCCCUGACAGAGCCUCCAAUGGAUGGAGAGAUCUUUUUCUGCUGAUUUACUCAUCAUCCCUUCCUUCCAAAUUGUUUCACCUCAUGGACUCCAUAUCAACUCAUGCAGGAAGUCACCCAAAAUGCCCUCUUCAUGUUUGGGUAUACCCAGUUAUAACCCUGCUAUCUUUCUACUGUAUAAGGGGGUGAAUCUUACAAAAUCUGUCAAGAACAUGAACGGGUCAUAUUACACCCCAAAAUCAAAAGAUAAGAAAUUAUAUUUUGCUUUAAAAAAAAUUAAGUCUGUUCUUAGAAUCAUUGAGAAUUUUUUGUAUUGUGACAUUAACCCCCCCAUUCUCAAUACCGUAAUGCAAUAUAACAAUGAUAGAUAAUUAUGUUGGCUUGACAAAACAAAACCCCUAAACCAUGACCAAAAUGAUCAAUUGUAACUUCUCCUACAUCGAUCAAACUUGGCACAGACCUUCUUACAAUUCUGUUUCCGUUUACUCUGUCUUUUCUAACUGAUUGGACUUGUGUUUUUUAUAUGACUGACAAUAGAAAACUUACACUGACUUAUCUAUCAACUCUCUAACAACAAAGAAAUGCCUUGCAACUGGCCCAAACACACUAGUAAAUGGUCUGGACUUAUAUAGCUCUUUUUUUUUUAACCUUAAGAGGUUACCAAAGCACUUUACUCUGUCUCCCAAUCACCAAUUCACACCCACACACCAAUGGCAGCAGAGCAAUUUGGGGUUCAGUGUCUUGCCCAAGGCCACUUCAACAUGUGGAGAUGUGGGCCGGGAAUCGAACCACCAACCCUGUGAUUAGCAGCCAACCCGCUCUACCACCUGAGCCACAGCUGACCCUAGCAAUCAGCCAGAACACACUAGCAACUGCUUAGUAAUGCAUCAUCUGUUUAUCUGAUUUUGUGUCUGUCUGGCUUGUAUAGCAUUUAAACUUUUUAAACAAGGCUUUGUCAAGCCAACAUCAAAAUUUGUCUUCAAAAACCUUAUCCAUCUGGUCUAAAUUGUAACAUAUUUAUUAGGGCAGGGGAAAAAAUGAAUUCUGUUACAAAUUGUUAUUCUUGAGCCAACGAUUUUAAAAUCGUCUGCCAGAUGAAAAAUCUAUUUUUAAUUUAAUAAAUAAUUCAUGUUUAUCAUAUUGCUACAAAUAUUAAUAGAUAAAUAUAGGAAGCUAUAUUUGGGCAGAGUUCCACAUAACAUGUUUUCUCUCUGGGAAGUUGUCUCUUUCAUGCUGCCUUCACGUGCUAUCGGAUUUAUCGUAAAUACGAGUUUCCCUCUCUGAAGUUGCAUAUGAAUGACCCCUUAAGUCGUAUUUACGACUGGGAGUAUCUGAGAUCAUUUUGAUACCAGAGUUUUCGAGAUGGGAGAAGUCGUAAACUUUCAACAUGGCAGAGGAGACAACUGUUUCUGUAGUGAAUGUGUCAGGUUUUAUUAAUUUUUAUAAAUACAGUUCAUUGUUAGCGCUUAACGUUUUGGUCAUAUUCAUUUAUGUAUAUCAGCAACCAUCUGAUGCAUGUUGUACAUUUUUACACUGUAAAAAUAGCUUUUAUUUGUUCAUAAUUCCAUUAUCGUCAGCAACCAUUAUCGUCAGCAAUUUUUUAUUAAUAAUACAUUAAUUUUUUCCUCAAGAAAUAUAUCUGAAUUAAAUUUUUUCCGGCAACAAAGCCCCUGAAAGCGACAUACUCGUGAUUAGGAUAAUUCCGAUAGCACAUGAAGGCAGCAUAAUUCUUUACGUUUAGUCCAUUAAUUCACCGCUGCUACAGCCAUUUGUUCACUCUCUGACGUCAAAUCGUCUGAUGUGAUCAAUGUUCCUAUUAUUAUAAGCCAAAAGUUCACUUGAGAGGUGUUGUGAAGAGUAUUUGUCAGGAAUCUUUCUACAGAUUCUGUCUGACACUGCUUUAAUGAAUAGUUUAGCUGUAAAAAGGCUUAUCAAACUAUUGGAUGCCAUAAACUACAUGUCGUGGUCCUGCAAUAUUUAUAUCUAAUACUACGAUAUAAUAUACUACUAUAUAAUAUCUACUUAUAGCUAACAGUCAGGGUAUUCAUGCACAGUGGCGGGUAAUUUUGCACAUUUACCCUCCACUGCAUCUCAAUCAGCUCCCUAGUUUGGCCAUUUUUAGGGCUGUCUCAUUCGCAAAAUCAUUCUAGUGCACUGAAACAUUCGCUCCCUAAAAAAUCCCACAAUGCACCGUAAAAACCACUCACUAUGUUCCCUUACCAGAAACAUCGUCAUGUCUUAUGAAGUCUCUCAGGUCAUUUGAGUGUAAAACUAUAAAGUUCAAGCCUUAUUUUCUCUUUAAAAGAUAUGUUGUUUCUAAUGUCUUUUAUUAAAAAUGACCAUGAAAGUGAAACAUUCUUAUAAAUAUUUGAGUUGUUAAAAGAAGGUUUAAAAUACACUCCUAAAUAUUUAAAUUUCUUUAUGUAAUUUAUCUGUUAUAAUAACACUUUUUAACACAUGUUUGAAUAUCUUAAAUGAAAAUGAAUGAUAGUGUCAUUUAUACAUCUAUGGUGCUGAUUACUAACAUGCACAAGCUUGUUAAUGUGUCGCAGGCGAUUGAGUCAAAAGUGUCCCAACGUUCAGUGAAUGAACACCUUUUGCCAGUGCCUGAAUUCGUGUUCACAAUCUACUGAUUCACAACAUAGGGAGCUAGGGAGCUGAUUGAGACACAGGGAGGAAAUGACGACAAUACAUGUCUUGUGGAACACGCACAUUGUGAGUUCUCACUUUUUAUCUCUGUCAGUCAUCUAGUAGUUUUGUAAGAAUAGAGUCUAUGAGAAUGCUGCAUAGGCUCUCAGACUAUCUCAGGAUGCAUUUGUUAAUAACAUGCAUUGACAUUGGGACUACAGGUGAAUUGUCAUUUGAGGCAUAAUUCAUUUCAGCACCAGAAAUGUUUCUUGAACAAGUUAGCAAUUUAGCCUCCUUUUGUAUGCUGCAAAAUUAUCGUUAUGAUAAUAGUAAAAACAUAUGGUAAUAUAAGUUAUAUUUUAUAUUCUAAAAUAACUAAAUUAGUUUGAUAAGUUAAAAUUAUGAAUAUAUUUGUUUGUUGAAUACAAAUGACAUAACGCACUGACUGGUCGAUUUGUAGUUGUAAAUGGGUAGUUUUGCACAUCCUACCUUUUAUCUGCAAAUUGUACGUAUAUUACAGAGUGAAAACAAUUGUCAUUUCAGACACAACUGUUCUUAAAUAGAUAUUUCUUUCUGAGGAAAAGGAGUUAACAAAGUUUUUAUAUCAAAACAAUCGCAUCGAAUCGUGAGGUCUGUGGCAAAAAAAACAGCCCUAAUAUUUAUAAAUCAUUGUGGUAUUUGGUUUGCUGCCUAUAAGGUAUGCUGAUACAUAUAAUAAUAAAAAUACAGUAGUUUUACUUUAAUCAAUACUGUAUUACAGUUAUGAGAAUCUGAUGUAAAUCACCUUUGAGAAUAAUGUAAAUAUGCCUAAAAAAAAUACUCAAAAGUUAAACUUCUGGACGCAUUGCGGUUAUUAGAAUUUGGGCAGAAAAAUUGCUUAAAGGGUUAGUUCACCCAAAAAUGACAAUUCUCUCAUAAUUUAUUCACGGUCAUGCCAUCCCAGAUGUGUACAUCUUCAGCAGAAUGCAAACUAAGAUUUUUAGAAGAAUAUCUCAGCUCUGUUGGUUCAUACAAUGCAAGUGAAUGGGUGCCAAAUUUUUGAAACUCCAAAAUCCACAUAAGGGCAAAAUAAAAGUACUCCAGAUGUCAACAUAUCAAUAUUUAAGUCCUUUUUUUUUACCAGAAAUUCUCCUCCCUGCUCAGUCAAUCUUCACUUUCACUUUUACGUUGUUCUGCUUUAGUUUUUUUGUGAUUCACAUUCUUCAUGAGUAUUGCCCCCUAUUGGGAGGAGAAUUUAUGAUAAAAAAAAUGACUUGAAUAUUUAUCUGUUUCUCACCCACACCAAUCAUAUCACAUCUGAACGCAUGGAUUUAACCACUGGAGUAUUAUGGAAUACUUUUAUGCUCCCUUUAUGUGGAUUUUGGAGCUUCAAAAUGUUGGCACCCAUUCAUUUGCAUUGUGAGGACCUACAGAGUUGAAAUAUUCUUCUAAAAAUCUUUGUUUGUUUUCUGGAGAAGAAAGACAGUCAUACACAUCUGAGAUGCCAGGAGGGUGAGUAAAUCAUGAGAAACUUUUCAUUUUUGUGUGAACUAUCACUUUAAUUUUAGUGAAAACGUCACAAUGCAAAAAAAUAAAUAAAAUCAAAAUCUUAAUAAUCUUAAAUUCCUUUGUUAUUUAUGUUGUACAGCCUCUUUUUUAUUUGUAUUUUUUUAUUUGUAUUUUAUUUAAUUUGUUUUUUUAGUUGCAAUGUGACCUAGAUGUUUUUGUGAGAUUUUGUUGAUUUGCUUACUUUUACAUGUCUGAGUAUAUCAGACAAAUUCGAUCUUUUGUUAUCAUUGUUAAAAUGUACUGUUAUGUAAAAUGAUCAUUGUUAAAAUGUACUGCUUGUCCGAAGUGUUAUGUCUCUUUACUCUGCACUCCUGUUCAAAUAAAUCGUUUGUGCCAGGUUUACAAAAUGCAAAAAUUGAAAUUGCAGCGCCCCCUAUUGGCAAACUCAUCACACUGGCUUAUUGCAUGGAAGAAUAACCAUUUAAAAUGUAAUUAGAUUUUUAAAAUUUAAACGGAUUAUGAGAGAAAAGUGGCAUUCAACUCUUUCCCAUGUUUUCUAUUUUAGGUUCUCAAAGGAAUUUCACCUUUGAAAUGCCACUGAGCACUUUAAAACCAUUCAAAUGUUACUCAACCCCCAAAAAUGGUAAUACAUUUUUCAUUAGCAUUCCAAAAAUAAUGUCCUAAGGACGGAUUUUAAAAAGGAUUUGGGGGCCAUUGCAUAACAUACCAAGACAUUUCAUGCUACGUAAAGAUUAUUGAACCCUUCUGUAAUACUUAACAACUGUAGCAGGAUAGACACGCUGUACAUGCUCUAUGAAUUGGAGACCCCUGAGGAAUAUUUAAAGCUACCUGCUGGACAGGUAAAGGAGAUGUUCCUUUAACAUCCAUGCAGGAUACUGUACCUAGUCUACCUAGGAUCCCCUUACGGAUCGAAUUCAACAUACCACAUUUAAAUGUUUGAAUAAAUCGAACACCCCGUCUUCUAACAUUCUUUGCACUCUAAGUGUCUACCUAUUUCAUCAAGCAUGAAUAUUUGCCCUCCUGCCAUAUUUCAAGGAAGACACCACGGUCUUUAUUUUUUCAAGGGACAAUCUCUAAAGGAGUUACCUAUUUGUCAUUUAAAUUGUUUUAUACUUUUUUGUGUGUGUGUGUGUGUGUGUGUGUGUGUGUGUGCAAUUUUUACCUGCAAUUACGUGAUUCUAACAUGGGAGGGCAGCAGAGGUUCAAGUAUUGUUAUAAUUUAAGGCUACUCUGGAUUUACAUGACUUUUAAGUGAUGAUUGUCAAAGACAACACACAAGUGUUGCAGUGCAAGAAUGAUUGUUUCUUCACAUGUACAAACUGAUUUUUUACUCGGAAAACAAAGUUUAUGGCCUUAUGAAAUUGUCAGUGACACUUUUGUCCUCCAGUAAAAGCAGGGAAAAGUCAAAUCAGGCAUAUUGUCUCAUGCGUAAAAGUAAAUUAAAGUUGCUUAGCCUUAAAGAUAUGAUGAAAUUCACUAAAAUAUCACCCAACAUUUUCUCAGGAUUAGUUUCACUCUUUCAUCUUUGUUUUGAAACUAAGGUAGCAUUUGUACAUUUAAGGUGCAUUUGUUUUCUUGCUUAAUAUAAAGGAAAAAGGUAAAUUGAUGUAAAUAUUAUUUUGUGUAACAUUUUUUAUGUAAAAUUUGUGAUUCAUUUUGUAAGUGUUUUGUGAGACACAAGGCUUUAUUUAUCAUUGGUCCCCUUGUCUUGAGGCAGAAAACUAUAUUUGCCUCAAAAUAAAAAUCUAU